AAACUGAUGUUUAUUUCAUAUUACUAGUAAAUCAAUCAUAUGUGUCCCAUACCUCUUACAUGUGUUCCUUUUCUUUCCUUGGCUCCUUCAGUAUUUCUUCUCCCCUCUUUUGUUUCUGGUUUUCUUCUCUCUUUAGCACACUUCUUCCUUUCGUUUCCUAGGCCUGACUACGACUUGGGAAGAGAGAGAUGUCAGUCAGUUUUCACUGUGCUCCAAAUUCCUGUUAUGUAGCCAUUGAUUGCUCUCUUUGGCCCACAAAGGACUCUGUGACUUUCAUAAAAUACCUUGAGGCAACGCUGAUGUGUUGGACUGGAAAUGUCCCCAUUUAUGCUGGAGCAAGCAACACGUCUGUCAGUGAAAGACCCUGUACUUCGAAGUAAGGAAGCAGAAAACUUCCCGUAGAAUUCAGGACUGCUUGAUGUGAGGAAAUGGGGAUCUGAGAUUAUUAAACAUCCAUAUCUUUGGGAGCAUCUGUUUGAACCAAUGUCUCUGGACUCUGAGGAGGUUAAGUACCAUGUGGCACUCAGGACACCAGUGGAAAGUGCAUGUAGUUUCAUUUUGGUGAUUGUUUUUAGAGAAGAACACUGAACUUUGAAAAAAAUGUUAGACACUAUAGACAAAAACCGGGCCUUGCAGGCAGCCGAGCGCUUGCAAGCCAAGCUGCGAGAGCGUGGGGAUGUGGCCAAUGAAGACAAGCUGAACCUCCUGAAGUCAGUCUUGCAGAGCCCACUUUUCAGUCAGAUUCUGAGCCUUCAGACUUCCAUGCAGCAGCUGAAAGACCAGGUAAACGUUGCAACUUCGGCAAUUUCAAAUGUGGAUUCUACCCAUAUUCCACAUCUCAGCGCAGCUGUAACUACUGCGCUGCAAAAUGAAUCGUUUUUAUCAUCCCAAAGCAGUGGGAAUCUGGAGGCACUUACAGCUUCAGGUACUACACACAUCAAUGGGAAACCUGCCUGUGAGGAAUUUGAUCAGCUGAUCAAAAAUAUGGCCCAGGGUCGCCAUGUGGAAGUUUUUGAGCUCCUCAAACCUCCCUGUGGAGGCCUCGGGUUUAGUGUUGUGGGACUGAGGAGCGACAACCGGGGAGAGCUGGGAAUAUUUGUGCAGGAAAUCCAAGAGGGCAGCGUGGCUCACAGGGAUGGAAGAUUGAAAGAAACUGAUCAGAUCCUUGCUAUCAAUGGACAGGCACUUGAUCAGACGAUUACACAUCAGCAGGCCAUCAGCAUCCUGCAGAAAGCCAAAGAUAACGUCCAGCUAGUUAUUGCCAGAGGCUCGUUGCCUCAGCUCGCCAGCCCCAUAGUUUCCCGCUCCCCGUCUGCAGCCAGCACCAUCUCAGCUCACUCUAAUCCGGUUCACUGGCAGCAUGUGGAAACUAUUGAAUUGGUGAAUGAUGGAUCUGGUCUGGGGUUUGGCAUUGUAGGAGGAAAAGCAACCGGUGUGAUAGUGAAAACUAUUCUGCCUGGAGGAGUCGCUGAUCAGCACGGGCGAUUGUGCAGUGGAGACCACAUUCUAAAGAUUGGUGACACAGAUCUGGCAGGAAUGAGCAGUGAGCAAGUAGCACAAGUCCUCAGGCAAUGUGGAAAUAGAGUUAAACUGAUGAUUGCUAGAGGCGCCCUGGAAGAACCUGCAGCACCCACCUCGCUGGGCGUCACUGUGGCCUCAUCGCCAUCCUCUACGCCAGAGAUGCGGAUUGAUGCCUCUACUCAGAAAAGUGAAGAAAGUGAGACCUUUGAUGUAGAGCUCACUAAAAAUGUCCAAGGAUUAGGAAUUACCAUUGCCGGUUACAUUGGAGAUAAAAAACUAGAACCUUCAGGAAUCUUUGUAAAAAGUAUUACAAAGAGCAGUGCUGUGGAUCAUGAUGGAAGAAUCCAAAUUGGAGACCAGAUUAUAGCAGUGGAUGGCACAAACCUUCAGGGGUUUACCAAUCAGCAAGCGGUAGAGGUGUUGCGACACACGGGACAGACUGUGCACCUGACCCUAAUGAGGAGAGGAACGAAGGCCGAAGCUGAGCCCCCGGCAAGGGAGGGUGUCCCGAAAGAUGCGGCCCUGGCGCCUGUCAGCGCCGGCAUAAGCAAAGAAAAUUAUGAAAAAGAUGAGGAUUCUUUAUGUUUGAGGAGAAAAACCAGCAUAUUACCAAUUGAAGAAGGGUAUCCCUUGCUGUUAGCUGAGAUAGAAGAAAUAGAAGAUGCACAACAACAGGAAGCUGCCUUGAUGAAAAAGUGGCAAAAGAUUAUGGGAAUUAAUUAUGAAAUAGUGGUGGCCCAUGUGAGCAAGUUCAGUGAGAACAGUGGCUUGGGGAUAAGCCUGGAAGCAACAGUGGGACAUCAUUUUAUCCGCUCUGUUCUACCAGAAGGUCCUGUUGGACACAGCGGGAAGCUUUUCAGCGGAGAUGAGCUACUGGAAGUGAACGGCAUACCUUUGCUGGGGGAAAAUCACCAAGAUGUGGUGAAUAUUUUAAAAGAACUGCCCAUAGACGUGACCAUGGUGUGUUGCCGCCGCACUGUGCCACCCGCCACCCCGUCAGAAUUGGACGGCCUGGACUUACGUGAUAUUGAACUAACAGAAAAGCCUCACGUAGAUCUAGGCGAGUUCAUCGGGUCUUCGGAGACAGAGGAUCCUGUGCUGGAGAUGCCCAGCGUGGGCCAGGAUGCAGGGAAGGUUCAAGGACCUUUGGCCAUGUGGGAGGCAGACGUUCAGCACAUCGAACUGGAGAAGGGGAGCAAAGGACUUGGUUUCAGCAUUUUAGAUUAUCAGGACCCGAUCGACCCAGCAAGCACUGUGAUCGUAAUUCGUUCCUUGGUGCCCGGCGGUGUUGCUGAAAAUGAUGGACGGCUUCUCCCUGGAGAUCGACUCAUGUUUGUCAAUGAUGUCAACUUGGAGAACAGCAGCCUCGAGGAAGCUGUUCAGGCUCUGAAGGGCGCCCCGUCAGGAACUGUGAAAAUAGGAGUUGCCAAGCCUUUACCUCUUUCGCCAGAAGAAGGUUACGUUUCUGCUAAGGAGGAGUCCUUUCUCUACGCCCCGCACUCCUGCGAGGAGGAAGGGCUGGCUGGCAGGGCCCUCUUCAGGGCUGACUUGGCUCUGGUGGACACAAAUGAUGCUGACCCAGCAGAUGAAUCUGCAUUUGAGUCUCAGUACUCUCCUGAUAACGACAGCAUCUACUCUACUCCAGCGUCUGUUUUAUCUCUUCAUGGCAGUGCUUGUAGUGAUGGCGUGAACUAUGGCCCCUCCCUCCCAUCUUCUCCUCCCAAGGAUGUUACCGAAAAUUCUUCAGAUCCAGUACUGGAUCUGCACAUGUCCUUGGAGGAGCUGUACACCCAGAAUCUCCUGCACAGACAGAAUGACAGUCCACCUUCAGUGGACUUGAGCAUAGGACCUGCUUCUGGCUUCAUGGAAAAUGAUUAUACACCUGCAAAUGCUAUUGAACAAAAAUAUGAAUGUGAAAACACAAGAGCAUGGACCGAAUCUCACCUACCAAAUGAAGUUGUAUCAAGUGCAGAAUGUUCUUCUCUUCUGCUGUCGGAUUCAGCUGGAAAGGGCUCUGAGUUCUUAAAUCAACAGAGCUCUCUGGCCUCUACUGCCGAGUGUGUCAUGCUUCAGAAUGUAUCCAGAGAAACUCUUGAGAGGACUAUUACUAUAGCAAAAGGCAAUUCUAGCCUAGGGAUGACAGUAAGUGCUAAUAAAGAUGGCUUGGGGGUGAUUGUUCGGAGCAUUAUUCACGGAGGUGCCAUUAGUCGAGAUGGGCGGAUUGCCGUGGGGGACUGCAUCUUGUCUAUCAAUGAAGAAUCCACUAUCAGUUUGACCAGCGCCCAGGCACGAGCCAUGUUGAGAAGACAUUCCCUCAUUGGGCCUGACAUAAAGAUUACUUACGUGCCUGCAGAACAUUUGGAAGAGUUUAGAAUCAGCCUGGGACAGCAGUCUGGAGGAAUAAUGGCUCUGGAUAUUUUUUCUUCGUACACUGGCAGAGACAUUCCAGAAUUACCAGAGCGAGAAGAAGGAGAGGGAGAGGAGAGCGAACUUCAGAAUGCGGCGUACAGCAAUUGGAGUCAGCCCAGGCGCAUCGAACUUUGGAGAGAACCAAGCAAGUCCUUGGGCAUCAGCAUUGUUGGUGGACGGGGGAUGGGGAGUCGUCUAAGCAACGGCGAAGUGAUGAGGGGCAUUUUCAUCAAACAUGUUCUUGAAGAUAGUCCAGCUGGAAAAAACGGAACCUUGAAACCUGGAGAUAGGAUAGUAGAGGUGGAUGGAAUGGACCUCAGAGAUGCAAGCCAUGAGCAAGCUGUGGAAGCCAUUCGGAAAGCAGGCAACCCUGUAGUCUUUAUGGUACAGAGCAUUAUAAACAGACCAAGGAAAUGCCCCUUGCCUUCCUCGCCGCACAGCCUUUACCCUAAGUACAGCUUCAGCCGCACUAACCCAUUCGCUGGUUCUCUGCAGCUCCUCGCCGACAAGGCACCGAGUCAGUCGGAAGCAGAGCCAGAAAAGGCCGCAUUGUGCAAUGUGCCCAUGCCCCCUCCUUCAGCAUUUGCAGAAAUGAGUGGAGAUCACGCCCAGUCAUCUGCCAGCAAAAUCUCAGCCGAAGUGGACCAGGAGGAUGAGUUUGGGUACAGCUGGAAAAAUAUCAGAGAGCGUUAUGGAACUCUGACAGGCGAGCUGCAUAUGAUUGAACUGGAGAAAGGCCGGAGUGGUUUGGGUCUAAGUCUUGCUGGGAACAAAGACCGAUCCCGGAUGAGUGUCUUUAUAGUGGGGAUUGAUCCAAAUGGAGCAGCUGGGAAAGAUGGUCGGUUGCAGAUUGCAGAUGAGCUUCUAGAGAUCAAUGGUCAAAUUUUAUAUGGAAGAAGUCAUCAGAAUGCUUCAUCAAUCAUUAAAUGUGCCCCUUCUAAAGUGAAAAUAAUCUUCAUCAGGAAUAAAGACGCAGUGAGUCAGAUGGCCGUAUGUCCUGGAAAUACAGUAGAACCUUUGCCUUCUACCUCAGAGAAUCUUCAAAAUAAGGAGACUGAACCAAGUGUUACCACUUCCAGUGCAGCUGUGGACCUCAGUUCAUUUAAAAACGUGCAGCAUCUGGAGCUUCCCAAGGAUCAAGGGGGCUUGGGCAUUGCGAUCAGUGAGGAAGAUACACUGAGUGGAGUCAUCAUAAAGAGUCUCACAGAGCACGGGGUCGCAGCCAAGGAUGGACGGCUCAAAGUUGGAGAUCAGAUCUUGGCCAUCGAUGAUGAAGUUGUUGUUGGCUAUCCUGUUGAAAAGUUUAUUAGCCUUUUGAAAACAACAAAGACGACAGUGAAACUUACCAUUCGUGCCGCGAAUCGAGAUUCCCAGGCUUUUGCUUCAGCAGCUGGUACGACCAAUGGAGAAAGAAAGAACAGUUCCCAGCCUCCGAUGGUCCCACUACCUGGCUCCCCGGAACCGGAGCCUGUCCGAAGUACAAGCAGGUCGUCAACACCAGCAAUCUUUGCUUCUGAUCCUGCCACCUGCCCCAUUAUCCCAGGCUGCGAAACCACAAUUGAGAUUUCCAAAGGGCGCACGGGGCUGGGCCUGAGCAUUGUCGGAGGGUCGGACACGCUGCUGGGUGCCAUUAUUAUCCAUGAAGUUUAUGAGGAGGGAGCAGCGUGUAAAGACGGAAGACUCUGGGCUGGAGAUCAGAUUCUAGAGGUGAAUGGGAUUGACUUGAGGAAGGCCACACACGAUGAAGCCAUCAAUGUCCUGAGACAGACGCCGCAGAGAGUGCGCCUGACGCUCUACAGAGACGAGGCCCCGUACAAAGAGGAGGACGUGUAUGACACCCUCACCGUCGAGCUGCAGAAGAAGCCCGGGAAAGGCCUGGGAUUGAGUAUUGUUGGUAAAAGAAAUGACACUGGAGUAUUUGUGUCAGACAUUGUCAAAGGAGGAAUUGCAGAUGCCGAUGGGAGACUGAUGCAGGGAGACCAGAUAUUAAUGGUGAAUGGAGAGGAUGUCCGUAGUGCCACCCAGGAAGCCGUUGCCGCUUUGCUAAAGUGUUCCCUAGGUACAGUGACCUUGGAAGUCGGAAGAAUCAAAGCUGGACCAUUCCAUUCGGAGAGGAGGCCCUCUCAGAGCAGCCAGAUGAGUGAAUGCAGCCUGUCUUCAUUCACUUUCCCGCUGUCUGGGUCCAGUACCUCUGAGUCACUGGAAAGUAGCUUGAAGAAGAAUGCCUUGGCAUCUGAAAUACAGGGAUUAAGAACAGUUGAAAUAAAAAAGGGGCCUACUGAUUCACUGGGCAUCAGCAUUGCUGGAGGAGUGGGCAGCCCACUUGGUGACGUUCCGAUAUUUAUUGCAAUGAUGCACCCGAAUGGGGUGGCAGCUCAGACCCAGAAACUCAGAGUUGGGGACAGGAUUGUCACUAUUGGUGGCACAUCCACUGAGGGGAUGACUCACAGCCAAGCAGUUAACUUACUGAAAAAUGCCUCUGGCUCCAUCGAAAUACAGGUGGUUGCUGGAGGUGAUGUGAGUGUGGUCACAGGUCACCAGCAGGAGCCCACCAAUGCCGGUCUUCCUUUCCCUGGGUUGACGUCAGGCAGUAUAUUUCAGGAUGAUCUGGGACCUCCUCAGUGUAAGUCAAUUACACUGGACCGAGGACCAGAUGGCUUGGGCUUCAGUAUAGUAGGAGGCUACGGCAGCCCUCACGGAGACUUACCUAUUUACGUUAAAACAGUGUUUGCAAAGGGAGCAGCCUCCGAAGAUGGGCGCCUGAAAAGGGGCGAUCAGAUCAUUGCUGUCAACGGGCAGAGUCUGGAAGGGGUGACCCACGAAGAAGCCGUGGCCAUCCUGAAGCGGACAAAAGGCACUGUCACGCUGAUGGUCCUGUCCUGAAGCAGCUGUCAGAGCUGAGCCAGCGCCCCCCGUCGCUCCCGUUGCUCACUGUAGAGGGAACCGAACUGGUCCUGUGGGUGGCUUUUCCUGUGCUGUGUUCUUCGUGCUCUUCAAAACUGUAGGGAAAAAUACCAUUUAAGUUUGUCACUCUCACUUGGAAAUAAUUUUCUUACACGCUAGUAUCACUUUUUCCUUCCUCCUUGCGUAAACUCAAAGGUAGUCUCUUUGCAUAGUGAAAUCAUUCUUUCUUCAUGAAAAUGCCUGGUAUUUUAUAAUGACAUGGGCAAAAAUGAUUAUGUGCUAAACUGAUUAAUAGAGGAAGAAAAAAAACAAAUUCUAAAGCUAACCUAAGAAAUGGCUUCAGUGAGUGACGGUGAAAAUGAAAAUAUUAAAUAAAGAAGAAAAUGUCAAGUUUUGUAAAA